UGCAAGAGGAAACUCAGCCAGCAACUUUAAUCUGAAUUUUUUUUUCCUUCUUCCCCAUCACAGCAGUGACCAUCUCUUAGUUGAGCACAGUGUAUCAUCUCAUCCUAAAAUGCUUUUCUGGCACACCCAGCCUGAGCCCUAUCACCAUCACCAGUUUCCCACGAGUAACAACAGCUACCUGCGUGAUGUUUUGGCGCUGCCCAUUUUCAAACAGGAAGAUUCCAGCCUUCCACCAGAAAAUGAGACCAAACACCCACCGUUUCAGUAUGUUAUGUGUGCUGCAACCUCUCCAGCAGUCAAAUUACAUGAUGAAACUCUUACUUACUUGAACCAAGGUCAGUCCUAUGAAAUACGGAUGCUAGAUAAUCGGAAAGCUGGAGACAUGCCAGAGAUCACUGGAAAGCUGGUAAAGAGUAUUAUAAGAGUCGUGUUCCAUGACAGACGGUUGCAGUAUACAGAACACCAGCAGUUAGAGGGUUGGAAGUGGAAUCGCCCUGGGGACCGACUUCUUGACUUAGAUAUUCCAAUGUCAAUUGGAGUAAUUGAUAUAAAGACAAAUCCAAGCCAGCUCAAUGCAGUUGAAUUUCUGUGGGAUCCUGCGAAACGUACAUCUGCUUUUAUUCAGGUACAUUGCAUCAGCACUGAAUUUACCCCACGUAAACAUGGAGGUGAGAAAGGAGUUCCUUUUCGGAUACAAGUUGACACUUUUAAACAAACUGAAAAUGGAGAAUACACAGAUCAUCUGCAUUCAGCCAGCUGUCAAAUCAAAGUUUUUAAGCCAAAAGGAGCAGACAGGAAACAGAAAACGGACAGAGAAAAGAUGGAGAAGCGAACUGCACAUGAAAAAGAAAAGUAUCAACCUUCAUAUGACACCACAAUCCUCACAGAGAUGAGGCUUGAGCCUAUAAUUGAAGAUGCAGUUGAACAUGAGCAGAAAAAGUCCAGCAAGCGGACUUUGCCAGCAGACUACGGUGAUUCUCUGGCAAAGCGAGGCAGUUGCUCACCAUGGCCUGAUACUCCUACGGCAUUUGUAAACAACACCUCUACCCCAGCUCCAACUUUCACCUCUGCUCAACAUAGUAGUACUUAUAGUGUCCCAGACAGCAAUUCUUCCUCUCCUAAUCAUCAAGGAGAUGGAUCCUCUCAAGGGUCUGGAGAUCAACUUCUUCCUUCAGCCACAAUCCAGGAAACUCAACAAUGGUUGCUCAAGCAUAGGUUCUCUACCUAUACAAGGCUUUUUUCAAAUUUCUCAGGUGCUGAUUUAUUAAAGCUGACAAGAGAGGAUCUGGUACAAAUCUGUGGUCCGGCCGAUGGAAUUCGGCUAUAUAAUGCACUGAAAUCCAGGUCUGUUAGGCCCCGUUUAACAAUCUAUGUCUGCCAGGAGCCAGCAAGGAGCAUACAACUGGAAGGGCAGCAAGAUGCAGGAAGUAGCGAUAACAGCAACGGUGCAAUAUAUGUUUAUCACGCGAUCUACUUAGAAGAAAUGGCAGCCUCAGAAGUCACUCGCAAGCUUGCUUUGGUGUUUAAUAUUCCCUUGCAUCAGAUCAAUCAGGUUUACAGACAGGGUCCCACUGGUAUCCACAUCCUUGUUAGUGAUCAGAUGGUUCAAAACUUUCAAGAUGAGAGUUGUUUCUUAGUCACCAUAAUAAAAGCUGAAAAUGGUGAAGGUUUCCACAUAAUUUUGAAGUGAGGGCAAACAUUUGCUGGAUUGCUAUUCAACUGCAGAGUGAAGUCACACUUAAUGACUAUGAAGAUCAUCCAAAAACUCUUAGGAUCUAACUUCACCAUAUAAAAUGUUUCAUAUUGAAAACACAAGUUGACCUUUCUAAUGAGCUGUUUGAUAGGUAAACUUUCUUAUCACUGCCAUAGCUAAGUGUCCUCAUAAGAGGUAUAAUGCCAUGACAGCUUAUGUACAGGCAUGGAAGACAAUGUAAGCAAAGGUGGUUGCCCUUCAGUGAAAUAAGGCAAAUUAUGGCCAGUAGAUACAGUUUGUAGAAGCAGUACUGCUUUCCUAUUGCACUGUAUCCAGUUUGGAGAUGAAUGUAAACUUAUUUGGGGGCAUUUACCUUUCUGUGCCAGUUUGUCUAUUACUUGCUUGUACCUUAUGCUGAAUUUAUUUUUUGAUGUUAGCAGAGCACAUACUGAUCUGUGUUGAGAUGAGUAGUUAAAAGCUGAUAGUGAUCAGGUUGUCGGGUCUUUGAGAGUAAAGCUGUCAAAACGGCUUCCCGGUGUAAAUUGUGUAUAAGAGUGUACGUAAGAAGUGUAAAUGCCAGAAAAGGAUUUUUAAGAAGUCCUAGCCAGAUGCAAUAUAUGCAUGCAGCCAACUGCAUUGUCAACAGUACCUUAUUGGAAGGAGUAGUAUAAAUCCUGUGGGGUACAAAGUAAUUUUGUGUUUUGCUUUAACAAAUUUAAUGGAAAAAUUUGCCUAUGCAUCCUUUAUUUAGUUUCUAGUUUCUCUAUGGAGCACUGCUGCAGUUGAACUCUUUAACCUUCUGCUUGUGAAAUGGUGGGUUUAAAAAUACUGGCAGUGAGAGUUAGAUUUUCCUGACUUAAUGGAAAUAUUGCUGACGAGGGAGGCACCAAGGGGCUACAUCACAGCUUUAAGCAGCAUCCUUUAAGCAGCAUCCAUUAAAUUGCUUAAACACUAAAUAUACAACACUUAAGUCUCUCUAGCAGGUAAAUGCUUGCUACUGUCUCUGUUUAUGGGCAAGUAUCUUAACUGUUUCUAUAGCCUCAGAUCCAUACCACAACAAUUUCACAGUGCCUCUUCCACAUGAGGAAACACACAAGUUACCUUUGAAAUAAGGUAAUGUGCUUUUUCAAAGAUGGGUUUUUUCUGGAAAUUGUCAAACAUGGCACUGCAGUUCACAGAUUGAACAUUAUAGUUGCACAGUAAUAGGUACUUUGGGGGACACUUGUCAAAGGCACAAAUGGCAGUGAGAUCUCUUAACCAUCCUUUGUGCCUUUGAACCACCCAUCCUGUCAAAAUCUGGGAAGAAUGCUUUAAUUUUUGGAUGCUAUAGUGUUAAGCGACAAAUUUGUAGAGAGCAAAAGAGCAUUCAUUUCCUCUUAACUGGGUUAAGUGCUUAACAAAAAGGCCUCUACAGUGGUAGCAAAUCUGAACAUUUGAAUCCAUGAAAACUAGAGGUUUUUUUCUUUCCUGUUUGACUUAACGUUUUCUGCACUGAUAAAGUAAAAUGUCAUGACUUUACAUUUCUUCUGCCUAUUAACUUCUCAUCUUCAGGUAUCGUUUGGGUCUUAGUAUCUUAUAGAAUUGACAAUUGUUGUUCAGUUCUUUCAGCUCAGCACCAUCUUCAAAUCCAAAUGUUUUAUAAAAGUGGAAAAAUCCUUGAUUGGAAAGUAUCCAAAUGAUUAUCUAAUUUUAAAGGGUAUUGAGAAUUGUACAGUAGUUUGUCCAGCUCACUUGAAAUUGGAAUUAAAUUAUGACACCAGCAAAUUGCUUUUGUUUUUUAAUAAGAUGUACACAUUUCAAUUUAAGUAUAAAUAAAUGUUUUUCAAUAAUUUUGUAAA